AGCUGAUCGGAGUUUGUUUUACUGGCCGUUCUGUGCGGGCGGUCUAUGUCGCCGAGAUGCACGACGCCUACGAGUCGGUGCCGAUUUUGGAGAAGCUGCCGUUGCAAAUCGAUUGCAUAGCGGCCUGGGAGGAUAGACUUCUUGUUGGUACUAAGCCAGGACAUCUUCUCCUGUACAGGAUCAAGAAGGAAUUAGGUAGCAACAGAUUUGAAGUCUUAUUAGAAAAGUCUAACAAGAACUUUUCAAAGAAAAUUCAGCAGUUAUAUGUUGUAUCCCAAUUUAAAAUACUGAUCUCUCUCCUGGAAAAUAAUAUUUAUGUUCAUGACUUGCUUACGUUCCAACAAAUUACUGUGGUUACCAAGGCCAAAAGUGCCAGUCUGUUUUCGUGUGACUUAAAGCGAUCUGACAGUGAUGAGCUGAUUCUCAAUAUGUGUGUAGCUGUGAAGAAGAAACUUCAACUCUACUACUGGCGGGACCGAGAGUUUCACGAAACGCAGGCAGAUUUCAGCGUUCCUGAUGUUCCUAAGUCGAUGGCUUGGUGUGAGAAUUCUAUCUGCGUGGGCUUUAAAAGAGAUUAUUAUCUUAUUCGGUUGGAUGGGAAAGGUUCAAUAAAGGAGCUUUUCCCAACUGGGAAGCAGCUGGAGCCUCUUGUGACUCCUUUGGAUGACCAAAAGGUGGCAGUUGGGCAAGAUGAUUUAACGGUGGUACUGAAUAAGGAUGGAGUCUGCACUCAGAAAUGUGCCCUGAACUGGACAGAUAUUCCACUUGCCAUGGAACAUCAGUCGCCUUAUAUCAUAGCAGUGCUGCCACGAUAUGUGGAGAUCCGUACCUUUGAACCACGCCUGCUGGUACAGAGUGUAGAGCUGCAGAGGCCACGUUUUAUCACAUCGGGAGGGCCUAAUAUUGUUUAUGUGGCUAGCAAUCACUUUGUAUGGCGACUGGUACCAGUUUCAAUUGCAACUCAGAUCCGACAGCUUCUUCAGGACAAGCAAUUUGAAUUGGCCUUGCAGCUUGCUAAAAUGAAAGAUGACUCCGAUAGCGAUAAGUGGCAGCAGAUCCACCAUAUUCAGAACUUGUUUGCUUUCAAUCUGUUUUGCCAAAAACGCUUUGAUGACUCCAUGCAGGUCUUCGCGAAGCUUGGCACAGAUCCCACUCAUGUAAUUGGGCUGUAUCCAGAUCUGUUGCCAGCUGACUACAGGAAACAGCUUCAGUACCCAAAUCCUCUUCCCACGUUAUCCACUGCAGAACUGGAGAAGGCACAUUUAGCACUUAUAGACUACUUGACACAGAAACGAACUCACUUGGUAAAACAGUUGCAUGAUUCAGAACCCUCUACCACAUCACCCCUGGUGGAAGGGACACCAAUCAUCAAGUCAAAGAAAAAAUUGCUCCAGAUCAUUGAUACAACAUUACUGAAGUGUUAUCUUCAUACAAAUGUGGCUCUUGUGGCCCCCCUCUUACGGUUGGAGAACAAUCACUGUCACAUUGAAGAAAGUGAACAUGUACUGAAGAAAGCGCACAAAUACAGCGAGCUCAUCAUUCUGUAUGAAAAGAAGGGUCUGCAUGAGAAAGCCCUGCAGGUUCUCCUAGACCAGGCAAAGAAAGCCAAUUCACCACUAAAAGGCCAUGAGCGAACUGUGCAGUACCUCCAACGACUGGGGAAAGACAACUUGAAUAUUAUUUUUGAGUUUUCUCUAUGGGUUCUAAAAGCAUGUCCAGAAGAUGGGUUAAAGAUAUUUACAGAGGAUCUGCCUGAGGUGGAGAACUUACCAAGAAUCAAAGUGUUGGACUUCCUAAAGGAUAGCUGUAAGGAUCUUGCUAUUCCAUACCUGGAACAUAUUAUCUAUAUCUGGGACGAAACUGGGCCAGUCUUCCACAACUGCCUGAUCCAACUAUAUCGUGAGAAGGUGCAAGCCCUGAUGAAGGAAUACCUCAAUUCUCUGCCUGAGGAUGAGAUUCCUGUUCCUGCUGGAAAUGAGGAUGGGGAGUUGGGAGAGUAUAGAAACAAGCUGUUGUGUUUCUUGGAAAUUUCCACACAUUAUCAACCUAGCAAGCUCAUCAGUGACUUUCCAUUCGAUGGGUUACUGGAGGAGCGAGCAUUGCUGAUGGGUCGGAUGGGUCUACAUGAACAAGCCCUUUUUAUUUAUGUUCACAUACUGAAGAAUAUCAAAAUGGCAGAAGAAUACUGUCACAAACAUUAUGACUGGAACAAGGAAGGUGACAAAGAUGUGUAUCUUUCUCUACUACGUAUGUAUUUGUCACCUCCUGAUAUUCAUUGUGUUGGACCAAUCCGGAUGGAAAUACUAGAGCCACAGGCAAAUCUUCAGGCUGCACUGCAAGUACUAGAACUGCACCACAGCAAACUUGACACCACAAAGACUUUGAAUCUGCUACCUGCCAACACGCAAAUCCGGGAGAUCAGAGUAUUUCUGGAGAAUGUCCUUGAAGGAAAUGCUCAGAAACGACGCUGCAAUCAAGUUAUGAAAGGGCUCCUUCAUGCAGAGUUCCUUCGUAUCCAGGAGCAGAGGAUUUAUCACCAGGAGGUGAAAUGCAUCAUAACAGAGGAAAAAGUCUGUCGGGUCUGCAAGAAGAAAAUUGGAAACAGUGCUUUUGCUCGUUACCCGAAUGGAGUUGUGGUCCAUUAUUUCUGUUGCAAAGACCGCAAGGUUUGUCCCACAGAGGCAUAGAUGUGACGAGUCAAAAUCAGGAUGCAAGACCCUCCUGUGUUCUCAGUCGACAUUUGAACAAGAUGAACUUUCAGAUAGGUGGCCUGACUCUGUGUUAGAGGAUGAGUGGGCAGAUGGUAUGCACUGUGUAAUAUAUUGUUAGUUUCAUUAAUAUUGUGUACAGAAACUGAUAUUGGCAUGGAUGCUCUAUACUUACAUUUGUGAAUUGCUGAGAAAUUGGAAGCUAACUUCUGUGUACAGUUGUAUAUUUGACCUUUGCCAUUUCCAGAAAAUAGUUGCACUAAAUCCAGAGAGUCUGAAAGAGCACUGUCUGAGUGCUUCAGGUUUUUUUUUUAAAGACUCUAUUUUUGGACUUCUCUAGAGAUUAAAUUCCUUAUGAAGAGGUGUGACAUUUUGAGGGUUUACCUUAAAUCUUCUGUUCAGAUUGUAAUUUCAUCCUUUAUUUGCACCUUGCAUUUAUUAUGAGUGUUGUGUGCCUUGUUCUAACAUGCAAAAAAAAACUAAGCUUUCAUAGUGAUGCAUUAUGUAUAUAAAUAACAUGUUCAUGACUAGUAUGGACUCCAUUCCAUGCUACAACAUUUGUCUUCUGACAGUAUUGAAGCCAUGCAGCUCAUCUGAUGAUUUCUCUAAUUUGGAAUCUUGAAUCCAUAUGUUAACAAAAUUGGGUGUAUCUUGUAACUUAUCUUCACACGUGCUUAGAAGUCUAGUUUGAAUUGAAAAAAUAAUUUUGUUGUGCAAAAUACCACUUUAGAUUUCUUUCACUUUUAAAUCUCACUUAUUAAAGUAACUUGUAAUUUGAAGUACAAAACCAAUCCCCGCCUCUUUGGCUGGGAAGCAAUUUUGUAGUUGCACUUGAUUUGUUUCCCUUCAUCAUCUGCCUAUCUGAAUUGAAAGAAGAAACAAAACCCAAGGAUUUUUAACUGCUGAUUGCCAGUAUUUGAAGUGGAAAUUCUGAGUUUAUGAAUGUCAGAUAAGAAUAUGACUAAGUUCAGUGGUGAUCCUCUGCACCAUUCCUCCAGAACUAUUGGACAAAAAUCAGUACCCAGGCAAUAUGAAUGAUCUACCAGAGGACUAUGGGACUGCUGCAAUCUUGUCUUUUGGUUACAAUCAGUUCUGCUGUAAUGCAUGUUUCAUCAAUGCGAAUUGGCUUUAACGCAAUUGAAGAAUUUAGGCCAUUAUUUGUAGAGAACAAACUUUCCUAACCUGUAUUAGGUAUAAUACGAUCCCAGCCCAUUAGUUUAAAUGAUGCUGCUGCUAUGAGUUUUUCUUAUAAUGUGGGAUCGCAUGGAAACGGAACUAUCAUGUUACAUCAGAACUGACUGCGUAGUAAUGACUAAAAAAGUAAAUUUUAAACAGUAUUCAAAAUGAAUGGGAAUGUUUUUGUGUAUCUGGCUAAAUGCAAUUGGUGAUGUCUGGUUGUCAAAAUGAAUUUGUUCCAGUAUAAAUCCUGUUGAGUGCUUAGAACCAAGUUUGAAUUUUAAUAUUUAGCGGAUGGUUAGAUUUUGGAAAUGGGUUUAUAGUUUUGUUUCAAAAAUUGUUGCUGUUUCUAAAGUGGAAGAUGUUGAAAAUUGUCUUUCUGCACGUUCUCAUCUGAAUUCUAUACAUGCCAUCUAUUCCAAUGAGCUGGGAUACUGUAAAAUCACGUAAAUUCUGAUCAAUUAUUUACUUUUGACAACACUUUUAAGAACAGUAUGUGGAAACAAAAGUUGAAGACUAGAAAAUGGAGUUUGAAGAAGUAAUUUGUUAUUGAUUAUUCCGGAUAGUAAGCCUCAAGGGUACAAAACAUCCAUGUCAGUUUUGCAUGUCAGUCUUUCGGUACACUAUUCUGAAUUGUUAUGUUGAUCCUAAAUUUAGGAUUAAUUUAGGUACUCGAGUAAUAGUCAAAUUUUUUUCGACCUUUUAAGAUUAUAUUCAUACCUGUCAAAAUUCAUACCAUAUUGUUAGCAGAAAUCCAACUAUCUCUAAACAAAUAAAGAAAAAUGAACAAUGAAUUUCAGUAAUUCUGAAAACCCGAAGUGGAACACAACGGCCAGCGGACUAGAAGACUGGGAGCAUAGCGAAACAACUGGCAGACUGGAAAGCUGGAGUGGGACGUGACGACCAGCACACUGAUUCAUCUGUUAUCUAUGAAGAACUAUGGUCGACUUUUGCAUGAGAUAUGUGGAAAAUUCCAGAUUAUUUGGCCAAAAAUAGGGGGUUGACUUUUACAUGAGAGCGACAAUACUCGAGUAUAUAUGUUAAUUCCUAAUGGCCUUAUUGCAUUAUUGCAUUUCAACUUGGAGCCCCCAAGUUGAAAAAUAGAAAAUAGACCGAAGCUUGCUUGCAUGGCAAACCUCCAUAAAAUUAUCAGCUGGACAAAGGAAAAACAAGUAGGUUAAGGAAGUUGUGGAUAUCAAUAUACUGAAUUCUGUCUUCUGGAGAACAAACAAAAAUCCAGACUGACCAUAGAUCUGCAUUGUGUCUAAAUGUUGGAGUGCUCACCUACUUAAAUUGGGAUAAUAUCUGGAAGAACAGAAAUAAUUUGGAAGGCAGAGAUAAGGCGUUAAUCAUGGAUAAAAUAUUUAAAUGGACUACUUGUGCAACAGAUGACAUCACAUUAACAAUACAGCAAGUCCUCAUUUAAUGUUGUGUAGGGUUCCUGGAAAUGAUAACUUUCAGUGAAACUUUGUUGCAGUUGGGUUUCGCCAGACCUAUUUUAUCAGAGCAAAACAAUUAUACCAAGUUUAAAUAUUUUGCAUUACUAAAUUUCUACAUUGGUGAAUGAAAUAAUGUAUAAAAGGAUAAACAAUAAAAGUGUAACUUGCUACUUAUAGUACCUUCUUUUCACCAGUAUUCCUGCUUCCUAACCCUUCUGCUCCUUUUCCUCCUGGUUGGUCCAGACCCUUCGUGAGCCAUGGCCUCUGACCUUUCCUCUGACCACUUUUCCUGGUUUACGUUCCCACUCAAGAUCCAGAAGCUGGAGCUGCAGUGUUAUCGAAGCGAGAGUCCUGAUUGUUCAGAUGUGCUGGGGCUUUUGCAGUAUUUUUUCAAAUGUUCCCACUUGCAUCUCCUUAACCCUCACUUUGAGCAUGGUUUGGGAGAAGGCAGGAGCAGCUUUGAAAAUAAUGUGAUGAUCACAUGAAUUACAAAAGACCCAGCAGCGCUCAACCAUAGGUGCUUGCACUUCCACAAUAUUAGGCCCUCAACUUUGGAUCAAAUCUGGAUCAUGAAUGGGAAUGCAGAGAUGUAAGUAGAGCAUGGGUGAGCUAAGGAGUGAGAAUAAGGUUAUAACCCAUAGGUUGACAAAUGGGGAGAAGUCAUUACCUAAAGCUUCAAGGGGGCAAGAAAGGGGGCAAUUCUGAGGACAAGGAGCAAAUGCAGUGUCAAUAGUUUUGUGCAGGAAUCAAUGUUAAAACAAAUUUUGCAAUGCUGAACAGGAUGAUGGACCCAAUUAACUUUCUGACAUUAAAGUGAAAUUAUAUCGAACAGGGUAACUUCAAAUGAGGUCUUUCUGUAUUACAUUCUGCACCAUGCAGACAAUAAAGGAAGUUGAUUGAAUAGUGAUGAUUAGGCACCAAUUUUUAAAAAUUUAACGGUGACACGGAGAAUGUGGCAGCUUGAUAUUGCUUUCCAUAUUUAUUGAAUUUAGAUCUGUGUGAUCAUGUUUGAAUGUGAUUAAUUUUUCUGUGUUUCAUAUUUUGUACUUAAAGUUGUCCAGUAUAUGCUUGUGAAUGAGAAUUUUUUAUUAACUAUCCAGAAUGAAGCAUCAAUGGCUGAGUGGAAUUCAGCUCUGACUGGGUCUUGACUUCCAUUUUUUGCUAUCAAUAGAAUUUUGAAUUUAGUUGGAAUGACUUCCAUUCGGUUAUACAUGUUUGCAUAUUCACCAAGGAAAACUUCAUUAUUUACAAUAAAUUGAUAUUUGUUUGUUUAUUUUGAAAGGUCCUGUAAAAAAACACGUAUACUAGACAAGUUAAAGUGGAAUUUCUGGAUAGAGAUGCAUUUGUUCCUCCAGGACUGUUUGCAUGUUAUUGUGACCAUUACGGUCCCUUUAUCUGCCACGUCUGUGUUUUUGCAGCAAAAGUAAAAGUUGGGUAAUGUUA